UUCCAAAUCUGCAUCAUACGGUACAACUACUUCACCAAAUGCCACAGAGUACCUUUCUGGCUUUCUUUUUCUGUCUUCUACCCCAAAAUUCAGUUAAAAUCUGACCUCAAUAACUAGAAUUAAACCAAUUUUCUCGCUAGCAACAACGAAAUUAUUGUUGUUGUAGUAGAAGCUUUUACAUAAUCCAGCCAUGAAGCAGUUGCAUAAGCAGGCCAGUACAAGAAGAGAUGAAGAAAUCCCCAUGUCUCAAACCCCACCUUACUCUCCCAAAUCCUUGAAACAUUCCAGAUCCCUUCGCAGAUCUCUCAAUUAUCUGCUCAAAGAACAGCGCCUUCUUUUCAUUCUUGUGGGCAUUCUUAUUGGGUCCACUUUCUUUGUCAUCCAACCUUCCCUUUCCUACCUCUCCUCAGCUUCUUCCGGACCCAGUAUUCCCAGAUCCCAUAUUUUUUCGGGGAAUCGUGAAUCGGUUAGCCUUUAUGAUCGCAAGGGGGUGGUGGGAUAUGAUCAGAGUUUUAAGGGUAAGUAUCCUAAUGGGGUGGGGAGAGUGCCGGUGGGGAUACGGAACAAGAGGAAGAGGAUUGUAGUAACUGGUGGGGCUGGGUUUGUGGGCAGUCACUUGGUGGAUAAGCUGAUCGCUCGAGGUGAUGACGUGAUUGUGAUCGAUAAUUUUUUCACCGGGAGGAAGGAGAAUAUAGUGCAUUUGUUUGGGAACCCGAGAUUUGAGCUGAUUAGGCACGAUGUCGUCGAGCCGAUUCUGUUGGAGGUGGAUCAGAUCUACCACUUGGCUUGUCCUGCAUCUCCAGUUCAUUACAAGUAUAAUCCUGUCAAGACUAUCAAGACAAACGUGAUGGGGACCCUUAAUAUGUUGGGCCUCGCAAAGAGAAUUGGAGCAAGAUUCCUUCUUACCAGUACAAGUGAGGUUUAUGGUGACCCACUUGAGCAUCCACAGAAGGAAACAUAUUGGGGACAUGUGAAUCCAAUAGGUGUACGGAGUUGCUAUGAUGAAGGAAAACGAACUGCUGAAACCUUAACUAUGGAUUAUCAUCGUGGAGAUGGUGUUGAGGUGCGCAUUGCACGUAUAUUUAAUACAUAUGGGCCUCGUAUGUGUCUUGAUGAUGGACGUGUUGUCAGCAACUUUGUCUCACAGGCCAUACGCAAGCAACCAAUGACGGUUUAUGGGGAUGGGAAGCAAACUAGAAGCUUUCAAUAUGUGUCUGACUUGGUUGAUGGAUUAGUGGCACUGAUGGAAAGUGAGCACAUUGGACCGUUCAACUUGGGUAACCCUGGAGAGUUCACAAUGUUAGAACUUGCUGAGGUUGUCAAAGAAACAAUUGAUUCCAGUGCAACCAUCGAAUUCAAAGAAAACACUGCUGAUGAUCCUCAUAAGAGGAAGCCAGAUAUUACUAAAGCAAAAGAUCUUCUAAACUGGGAGCCUAAGAUUUCCUUGCGCGAGGGCUUGCCUUUGAUGGUCAAUGAUUUUCGAAAUCGCAUCUUGAAUGAAGAUGAAGGAAAGGGGAACGAAUGAAGAAUACAGCUAAAAUAACAUGUAUAGAUUUAAAGCAUGUUAUUCAUGUUUCCUUCUACAAUAGUGCAUUGAUAUCUUUAUUUUUUAUUUUUAUUUUUACAAAGUUCACCAAUGUGUCACAUCGUUUCACGCAACCUCUAUUUUCUCCAUAUCUUAUUUUCUUAAUAAUUCUGUAAUUUUGACUGGACUUUGAUAUGAAUCCAAUUUUGUGCAUUUGUUUA